CGCGAACUUUAGACGGAGAGGAUAUGACGUCGAAUCGAGUGCAACUUCCAAGCAAUCUAUGAUCAGCUGAUUCUUUCAUAUAUUUGCAUUUUAGCUGACUCGUUUAAAGAAAUCGGUCGUACACACGGAGUGGUGGAGGGGAAAUGGAUCUCCGAACGAGAUCCUUGCUGUUAUUGGACGAUACGAAUUGUUUGCGUCGUACAUUUGACGAUGGAUACUUGAUAAUCAAGCACUUGUCGCAACAUUGCGAAAAACUCUUCGCGAGCUUGUUUUCAUAGUGAGUGUUUUCGUCGUUUUUCGACAUCGUAGUCGACAGUAUCGCGGCACGUAAUUCUUGUGCCAAAAAUGAUCGUGUUCAGUGUAUUGUCUGUUUUCCAAGAAUAAAUUGAGCCACAGUCAAGCAUUAUCAUAUCAUGGAUAGCGUGACAUUUUGUAUUUCUAGGGGAUAAUAUAUGCAAUAUGUCGAGGAUUUGUGGACAGUUGGAAGGGUGCUGUUGUACUCUUUUACAUGGAUAAACAAAUCAAUGAGAAGUUAGUUGUGAACCCUCCUACGUCUAGGAAUGUUCCUAUUAGAACAGAAACUGAACUCAGAAACAGAGACUUAUCUAUGCAAAACUCCAUUAGGCACAAUAAUCAACAACGAAAAUCUAUGGUAAUGAGGAGAACUUUACAAUGUUGUGCAUUGAAUGGUGGUGUGUUUUGGGCUAGUAUAGCAAUAUUUGAAUAUGGUCUUUUACCAUUUGUCAAGUAUUUAUUGACUAUUAUAUUUGGCCAUUCUCCUGGCAUGGGUCUUUUUGUAUGGUCAUGGAUUCAGCCAUUUUUAUCUUUAACAUUUGGCACAAUAUGGGUGUUACCACUGUUUUUGCUCAGUAAGAUAGUCAACAGCUUAUGGUUUCAGGAUAUCGCAGAUAGCGCUUACAGAUACAGACAAGGGAGACCAUUGCUUCUGUCAAGUGUGAGCAGACUGAUAGCAGAUACACUUUUCAGUGUGUUGGUUCAAGCAUUGUUCUUAGGACAAGGAAUGUUGGUGUCUAAAGUUCCGUUACCAUUGUUAGGGGAUAUUCUUGCCCUUGUUCAUAUGUGCCUUUUAUAUGCUCUCUAUGCCUUUGAAUACAAAUGGUUCAACAUGGGUUGGGAGUUACAUAAACGAUUGACUUUUAUCGAAGGCAACUGGCCGUACUUUUUAGGCUUUGGUCUGCCAUUAGCAGUACUUACUCAAUUGCCCAGUUCGUAUGUUACAAGUGGCUGUGUUUUUUCUAUUUUAUUUCCGCUAUUUAUUAUAAGUGGAAACGAAGCAGAACCUGUAACUGGAACAUGUGAUUGCCAACUGAAAUUAUUUUCACCAGUAAUUGCAAUUGCAAAUACAUUAUUUAAUAAAACUAUUGGACGAGCUAAUAGGCGGUGACAGUGAGAAAGAAAAAGACAAGAAAAUGCCUAAUUUAUGCCGUUAGUAUGCUAAAAUGCACAUACAAUUUACUAAUUUGUUACAAAAAAUUUUAUGCAUAAAUAAUUAUAUAAAUUGCUAUUCAAAAACUAUUUGUAUAUAUCUAUUACUUACUAUUGCAGGAAAUUAUAUUACUUUUAUUA